AUGAGUUCUGAAGACGUUGGUUCUGUGGAGGGCAGGGCCAAACUCGACUUGACUUCGUUGCACGAGGCAUGGGAGCGAGAGCAACCCAUCAGACAACUUCUCCGUGAGAAGGAUGCGGUCUUGUUCUCACAAAAUAUUACCGAGUCAGUCAAAACCACCUGCUAUCCCCACAUCAAGUCUUUGAUCUUGCCCUUGUUGGGGCAAAUGGCAGAGACUACGGGUGCCCCGCUGCCGUUGGUGGAGCCACUGAGGGGUCAACUGGCCCUGCUGUACAAAACCUUCUCGCGGCAAGAAGAUGAUACUCAAGUCAUCCAUGACAGCUGGAUGUUGAGGAAGUUUCUGUCAUUCAUCAAGAUGAAGACCAGAACCCACAAGCCGAGCAAG